AUGGAACAGGGAGAGAAAAUAUGGAACAGGGAGAGAAAAUAUGGAAUAUGGAGAGAAAAUCUGGAAUAUGGAGAAAAAAUCUGGAACAGUGAGAGAAAUUCUGGAACAGGGAGAGAAAAUCUGGAACAGGGAGAGAAAAUCUGGAAUAGGGAGAUAAAAUCUGGAAUAUGGAGAGAAAAUCUGGAAUAUGGAGAGAAAAUCUGGAAUAUGGAGAGAAAAUAUGGAACAGGGAGAGAAAUUCUGGAACAGGGAGAGAAAAUAUGGAAUAUGGAGAGAAAAUCUGGAAUAUGGAGAGAAAAUCUGGAAUAUGGAGAGAAAAUCUGGAAUAUGGAGAAAAAAUCUGGAACAGUGAGAGAAAUUCUGGAACAGGGAGAGAAAAUCUGGAACAGGGAGAUAAAAUCUGGAAUAUGGAGAGAAAAUCUGGAAUAUGGAGAGAAAACCUGGAAUAUGGAGAGAAAAUAUGGAAUAUGGAGAGAAAAUAUGGAACAGGGAGAGAAAAUCUGGAAUAUGGAGAGAAAAUCUGGAACAGGGAGAGAAAAUCUGGAAUAUGGAGAGAAAAUCUGGAACAGGGAGAGAAAUUCUGGAACAGGGAGAGAAAAUCUGGAACAGGGAGAUAAAAUAUGGAAUAUGGAGAGAAAAUCUGGAAUAUGGAGAGAAACUCUGGAACAGGGAGAGAAAUUAUGGAACAGGGAGAGAAAAUCUGGAACAGGGAGAGAAAAUCUGGAACAGGGAGAUAAAAUAUGGAAUAUGGAGAGAAAAUCUGGAAUAUGGAGAAAAAAUCUGGAACAGGGAGAGAAAAUCUGGAAAAAGGAAAGGGAAUAA